ACAAAAUAAAACCUACUCUCCCUCCUCCCGAUUCCCUCCAAGCUCUAGCUGUCGCUCAUCAAUGGCGUCGUCGCCGAUCUCGAAGAAGCAAAAGAAGAAGCGAAGCAAAGACAGUCUCUCUGACCUCAAAACCCUAGGACAUCAACUCCUCUCCUCACGUGCGCACAUCAACAACCUCCCUCUCCUCCUCACAUUUAUCUCCCCAACCUCCCCUCCUGCUCACGUGCUCGAGUCUCUCCUCUCCCUUCAGUCUUUCUUCACUCCUCUGCUACGGGAGCUCUCUGCUGUCUCUUCAUCUAAGACCCCGUCGAAAACUCGGGUGGAGGACCCCGAGUUAAUUUACAGGACGUGGCUCCGGUCAAAGUUUGAUGAAUUCGUGAGGCUGUUGAUCGACGUCGCUGUCUCCGAGGAAGCUGAAGAGGCUCUGAAAGAAGUCGUAUUGGAUACGAUAAUGGAGUUCGUGAAGCUGGGAAGCGGAGGAAGUUUCAAUUCCUCAAUAUAUCAUAGGAUGCUUCAUAGUAUUGUUCAUUCAUCUGCACCUGUUGAGUAUAUUUCUGACUUGCUUGCAUCAAAGUAUCUCAAGUAUAUUGAUGUUCGUUAUUUUUCCUACAUCUUCCUGGAAAAAUUUGCAAAAAGUUUGGAGGCAAAAGAGAUCUCUGACAACAAAGCCAUCAGUUCAGAAGUUGAUGCUGGGAGUCAUUCAAGUGAAAGGGUUGAGCUUUUCAUUCACAAGAUUCAUUACAUAAUAUCACGCAUACCCCCUGUAGAAGGAGUUGAUGGAAAGACUAGCCUUGAGAUGUGGAGUGAAUCAGAGCUUCCAUCUAAACAAGUCAAACCUAAAGAGCUUUCUGAGCCCUCAAAAACAGAAGAUAAGCAGCUCAAGUCAGAGAAAAGUAACAGCAAUGCAUUGCCAGCAGCUACUAUUGCCAAAAAGAUGAAAUUAAAAUUUACCAAAGCAUGGCUUGCAUUCCUUAGGUUGCCGCUUCCAGUUAAUGUAUACAAGGAGGUUCUUGCUACUCUCCAUCAAGCAGUGAUUCCUCAUCUCUCUAAUCCAGUCAUGUUAAGUGACUUCUUAACAAGAUCAUACGAUAUUGAUGGCGUGGUUAGUGUGAUGGCCCUUAGCAGCCUUUUCAUCCUCAUAACUCAGCACGGUUUAGAAUACCCAAACUUCUAUGAAAAACUUUAUGCACUGCUAGUACCUUCUAUCUUUAUGGCAAAGCAUAGAGCAAAAUUUUUCCAGCUUCUUGAUUCUUGCCUGAAGUCACCACUUCUUCCGGCAUAUUUGGCCGCGGCUUUUGCGAAGAAAUUAAGUCGGCUAGCACUCACAGUCCCUCCUUCAGGAUCAUUGGUUAUCAUUGCUCUGAUUCACAAUCUUUUACGGAGACAUCCUUCAAUUAGUUGUUUGGUCCAUCAGGAAUGUGGCGGUGAAAUCGUAUCAGAUGAUAGAAAAUCAGAGAAAACUGUGGAUGGUGCAGAUGACUCUGGAACUGGCACACGUACAUCCAGCAGCAAGCCUGGCGUUGAGCAUUUCAACAACGAGGAAAGUAAUCCUAUGAAGUGUCAUGCCAUGAGAAGUUCACUCUGGGAAAUUGACACACUCCGCCAUCACUACUGCCCACCUGUUUCCAGGUUCGUUUCAUCACUUGAGGAGGAUCUUACAGUUAGAGCCAAAACCACUGAAAUCAAUAUUAAAGACUUUUGUUCUGGUUCGUAUGCAACAAUAUUCGGAGAGGAGAUUAGGCGAAGGGUAAAGCAGGUCCCAUUGGCAUUCUAUAAAGCAACUCCUGCAUCUUUAUUUUCGGAGUCUGAUUUUCCUGGUUGGACAUUCAAAUUGGAGGAAAGCAAGGAUUUUGACACUGAGGCUGCUGAAAAGAUCAAUUUUCCCGAGGAAAAUGGUCACAUUUCUGCAAAACGGCAGCGAGUUGAUUGCCCAUGAUUUGUCUUGGAGACGGUGGUGGUUACUGAAACAAAUUUUGAUGGUGUCAAUUUUUUUAGGCUGAGUUUUUAAGUUAUUAUACACGUGAAGAGAAUCAUUUAUGAUAUUAAUUGUCCCACCAUCAUUAAGUUAUUUCGAGGAGCUCCGUAUAUGAGCAUUUUUAAAC